UGGCUACCUAUGUCUGAUGCUGUAGUAGUGGCUGGAAGAAGUAAUUAAGUGUCAGACAGAGUCGUCCACGUCACUGGUCAACACGGCGGCCGGGCGGGUGGCUCUUGCUUUAUCCGGAAAGUCUCGCUUUUAUCUGCUGCCACGCCAGAAUACAGUGAAGAAGAAUGUUGAAUAAGUUUGAGACCAAGAGUGCUCGCGUGAAGGGCCUCUCCUUCCACCCCAAACGACCAUGGGUGUUGGCAAGUCUUCACAGCGGCAUCAUCCAGCUUUGGGACUAUCGGAUGUGCACGCUGGUGGACAAGUUUGACGAGCAUGAGGGUCCUGUCCGUGCCGUGUGCUUCCACCAGCAGCAGCCUCUCUUCGUGUCCGGUGGGGACGACUACAAAAUCAAGGUGUGGAACUACAAGUUACGGAGGUGCCUUUUCACCCUGUCGGGUCACCUGGAUUACAUCCGUACCACUGAGUUCCACCAGGAGUACCCAUGGAUCCUCUCAGCCUCAGACGACCAGACCAUCCGCAUCUGGAACUGGCAGAGUCGCUCCUGCGUGGCCAUUCUUACUGGCCACAACCACUACGUGAUGUGUGCACGUUUCCACCCUUCCCAGGACCUUGUUGUAUCUGCCUCCCUUGAUCUGACAGUUCGUGUGUGGGACAUCUCAGGUAUUCCCGGCAAACCUGGAGGUCUGCGUAAGAAGAAUGUUUCUCCAGGCAUGGGCGGACUGGUAGGCGGGAAUGACCCCCACACCCGCAACCCAGAGCUUUUCAGCACUGGGGAUGCCACUGUGCGCCACGUGCUGGAAGGCCAUGACAGGGGAGUCAACUGGGCUGCCUUCCAUCCCACUCUGCCUCUCAUCAUCUCGGGCUCAGAUGACAGGCAGGUCAAGCUCUGGAGGAUGAAUGAAAGCAAGGCCUGGGAGGUGGACUCUUGCCGUGGACACUACAACAAUGUGUCGUGUGUCAUGUUCCAUCCAAGGCAGGAACUGAUCCUCUCCAACUCAGAAGAUAAGUCCAUCAGAGUCUGGGACAUGGGCAAGCGCAUCUGCCUCCACACCCACCGACGCGAGCAUGACCGCUUCUGGGUCCUGGCUGCUCACCCUACUCUCAAUCUCUUUGCUGCUGGCCAUGACAGUGGAAUGAUAAUCUUCAAGCUUGAGCGAGAAAGGCCAGCAUACGCCCAGCACGGUAACCUCCUGUACUAUGUGAAAGAACGCUUCCUUCGCCGCCUUGACCUCACUAAGAACAAGGAUGUGGCAGUGAUGCAGCUGCGUGCAGGCUCCCGCUCCCCUGUCUACAGUAUGUCAUUCAAUCCAGCUGAGCAUGCCAUCCUGCUCAAUACCCGCACCCACAACAACCUGGACAACAGCACCUAUGACCUUUACCAGAUCCCUAAAGACUCAGACCCACAGAACCCUGACACUCCUGAUUCCAAGCGCUCAGCUGGUCUCACUUCUGUUUGGGUGGCCAGGAACAGGUUUGCUGUCAUGGAUAAAAGCCAUCAGCUGGUGAUCAAGAACAUGCAGAAUGAGGUGACCAAGAAGGUGACAACACAGCCCUGUGAUGAGAUCUUUUACGCUGGCACUGGCAUGCUGCUGCUGCGUGACAGUGAUGGAGUCUCACUGUUUGAUGUUCAGCAGAAGAGGGUGUUGGGAACGGCACGCAUUGCCAAGUGUCGCUAUGUGGUGUGGUCUGGUAACAUGACCACAGUGGCACUGCUCUCCAAGCACACCAUCCUCAUCUGCAACCGCAAACUGGAGCGCCUGUGUUCCAUCACUGAGACAAACCGUGUCAAGUCUGGCUCCUGGGAUGACAGUGGAGUGUUUGUGUAUACAACCAGCAACCACAUCAAGUAUGCCCUGACCAAUGGUGACCAUGGCAUCAUCCGCACUCUGGAGCUGCCUGUCUAUGUGACCCGAGUGUCUGGCAGCUCUGUGUACUGCCUUGACAGACAGGCCACCCCUCGGGUCCUUACCAUUGACCCCACAGAAUUCCGCUUCAAGUUGGCCCUUGUCCAGCGGAAAUAUGAUGAGGUUCUACAGAUGGUGCGUGGAGCCAAGCUGGUGGGUCAGUCCAUUAUUGCUUAUCUGCAGAAGAAGGGUUAUCCUGAAGUGGCCCUCCACUUUGUGAAGGAUGAACGCACACGAUUCCUGCUUGCUCUUGAAUGUGGCAAUAUUGAUGUAGCUUUGGAUGCAGCCAAGGCUCUGGAUGAUAAAGGCUGCUGGGAAAAACUGGCAGAACAUGCCCUUCUUCAUGGCAACCAUCCUGUGGUGGAAUACUGCUACCAGCAGACCAAGAACUAUGACAAGCUCUCCUUCCUGUACCUCAUCACUGGUAAUUUGGCCAAGCUGCGCCGUAUGAUGAAGAUCAAUGAGAUCCGCAAAGACUAUGAAGGCUGGUACACCAAUGCCCUUUACCUAGGUGAUGUGCCAGAGCGCACUCGGGUCUUGAAGGCCUGUGGCAAAACUUCUCUAGCCUUGCUAACAGCCACAACCCAUGGAUUCACACAGGAGGCAGAGAAUCUAGCUGCCCAUGUGGAGGGGGGUGUCAUGUAUGAACCCCUUCCUAAUGCACAGCUCUUGCAGCCUCCUGUCCCAGUCUACCCAAGUGAUACAGCUUGGCCCCUUCUCACAGUGGCUAAGGGCUUCUUUGAUAAUGCAGUGGGCACUGGAAAGGGUGCCACUGCUGCAUCAGCCAUGGCUAUGUCUGUUGAUGACACUGGUGAUAUUGCUGGAGAUGGAUGGGGAGAUGAGGAUGAGGAAGAAGGGGAUGUGGAGCUUGCUGUUGAUGGGGGUGAGGGUGAGGGUGGUGGCUGGGAGGUGGAGGAUGAUCUGGACCUUCCACCUGAACUGGAAGGUAUCAGUACAGCUGGUGCUGGCACUGAUGGUGAGGAUGGUUACUUUGUGCCACCCCCCCGCGGCCACCCACCCACCCAUGGCUGGACCCAGCGUAGCCAGCUUGCCCUGGACCAUGUGUUAGCUGGAGCCUUUGAGUCUGCCACACGACUUCUACAUGACCAGGUUGGUGUGGUGAACUUUGAACCUUACCGCUCCCUCUUCCUGUCAUCCUAUGCUCACUGCCGCACAAGUUACUCUGGAGCCCCAGGGAUGCCUUCGCUGUUCUCCUACCCAGCACGCAACUGGCGCACUGCCACCCAUAAAGAUCACCUUCCAGCCUUGGGUCUUAAGCUGUCAAGUCUCAUGGACAGAUUAAAGGAAGCUUCCCAGCUCACCACUGCAGCCAAGUUUACUGAAGCUGUGGACAAGCUCAGAGGAAUCCUGUUGGCCAUCCCAUUACUUGUGGUAGAGACUAAACAGGAGGUGAGUGAGGCACAAAACUUGCUGCGAGUGUGCAAGGAGUAUGUGGUGGGCAUCAGCAUGGAGUUGUACCGCAAGGGUUUGGGCAAGUCCACCCCUGAAGAACAGUGCCGGUCGAUGGAGCUGGCAGCUUACUUCACACACUGUGAGCUGCAACCAGGACACCAAAUCCUCACUCUCAGGACAGCUGUCAACCUUGCCUUUAAAAUGAAAAACUACAAAAUGGCCAUGAGCUUUGGACGUCGCCUCCUCAACUUGGGCCCCAGACCAGAAGUGGCCCAGAACAUCAGAAAGGUGGUUCAGGUUUGUGAAAAGAACCCUGUGGAUGAGGUCACUCUGCAGUAUGAUGAACACAACCCUUUCACCAUGUGUGCUAGUUCCUAUGUACCAAUCUACCGAGGCAAGCCUGAGGUCCAGUGUCCCCUGUGUGGCGCCUCCUACCUACCAGAGCAUCGUGGCAUCACCUGCACCAUCUGUACUGUGGCCCAAGUAGGGAAAGACUGUGUGGGCCUCAGAAUAUCACCACUGCAGUUCCGCUAGACCAAUCUGAAGAAUAGUUUUGUGCCAUUGGUUGGUCUGCUGGAGUUAAAAGCACUAAAUAAUGAGUUGAUGCACUUAAUAAGAAAUUCCAAACUUUAAUCAUAUACUUGGGAAUUCACAUUUCUGACUAUAUAAUGCUUGUCUGCAUCUAUUGAAGAUUACUGGUGAUACAGAUACAGAGACGUCUCUUAUCUGUUGUCUUAUUUGUGAAACCUAAAAUGGGGUUUCUUGAGGCAAGUCUCAUUUAUUGAAGCACAUGUCUUACUGAAAUGGAUUCAUCAUUUAUUGUUCUUAAAGCAUAAAGUUAUACAGAGUACUUUAAUUUUAAAGUGGGUAUGAUUUAGUCAUUAAGUUUAUAGUUUGUUGUUAUUCUGAGUAAUACAUAGAUUAUUUAUAUGAAAUAAAGAUAACCAAAAUUC